AUGGCUCUUAUACCAGUCUCCGUCAGCAGCAGGCUGCUAGGCGUGGCGGUCUCUGGGCUCAAUCUAAGGAGACAUUAUGAAGCAGAAGAUGAAGCCUUCAUCCAGUCUUUGUGUCGGCAAGCAUCGUCCACCAUCGCGUUGGUUGUCGACCGCGAAGAGGCGCAUGAGCGCACGGAAAGACUCUGCAAUUACAAGAAAGCGAACGGCAAAUCAGAGAAAUCGCUGAGCACGGCCCCGUGA